CUUCAGCAGCCACUGUCUUCAGCCAUCUUCAAAAUAGAGGAACCUUGAGGGGUUGGUGGUGCACACGGGGCAGCUGUCCCUGCCAGCUUCUGUGGAGUUUCCAGGGACCCCUGGUAUUUGCUUAUCUUAUCAGUGGCAUUAUGCCUGGCCAAAUGUUAGAGGGGCAGCAUGGCAGCAUGGCGGCACGUCAACACACGCGACCCCGACGCGUACCGUCUAAGUGCGUCGUCGAAAAAGGCACUUUCUUCCCCCGGUCUCCAGGCCACCAGGACAAGCCACAGACAGGUCCUGUCGACUCAAUUGCUAGAUACUUUGAACCUGGCUUUGCUCCAUACACUUUUGCAUCUCCAUUUUGGUCCUCCAUUCGUUUUGUCUUGCCCACUUCCGCACUGUGUUUUUUUCUGGUCUUUAUUUAUAUCAUCCAUGUGGUGACGCCCCUACCACACGAUACCAUGCCUCCACUACAGAAGUCCUAUUCGGACAGCAACAAGUUACCCUCCAAGCGAUCGCAAUGGCAAAGAUCGAAGACGCACCCCAACCCUGCUCCACCCAGACCUGCCCUCCGGGUCUCCUCCAAAACAAAGACCAAGCUCAAGGCAUUUCAGUUUGAUGCCAAAGACUGCGAGUCAGCCCCCGAGUCCGAUUCUACCGUCGACUUCCUCAAGAAAGAAGAGAUCGUCGACUCGAUUCCACAAGUAGCUCCUCAGUCCUCGCCUUCCCUGGAUGACGUCCCAAAAGCCGCCCCAAAAGCCGACCAAGAGGACUCCCCUAGCGAACGGCUGAUGUGGGCAAACGACAUUAACCCCCACGAAUCUGGAAUAUCGACUAUACUACUCUAUCAAAAUCGGAAAAGGCGUGCUAGAAGCUCGUCACCAGUCUCUUCGCCCAUCACCAAGGGUACCACACCCGCCGCUGGUGUCAGGAAGACCUACCAAGGCCUCGGACCUCUUCGUGACGACCCAACAUCAGCGCUCUGGGGUUCCUACAACAUUAUUGGGACAGACGCUAGUCCAUCUCGCCUUGCGAAUCCAUCACCUGCCGAUCUGAUGGUGUCUUCGUCUCCUCGCCCCGCCCGGGAUGGGAUGGCACCUGGCAGCCAACGGUCUUUGAGGAAAACACUCAGUCUGGGUCGGAACUGGCCCAAGAGACGGAAGCUUGGGGGACUGGACGAAACAGAGCUUGGCACCCGAACGAACGCCUCACAGUCCAAAUCGGUCAUGGUUGAAGAAAUGUUGAAAACCGUUGGUGGUGAGCUUAGUAGAUCAUUCGAGGUCCAAGCCCGAAAGUCGUCCUCACAAGGAUCGCAAACUGUCGACACCAGCAGAAGCCGAUCUCCUUCACGAGAACCUCCUGCAAGUUCUCCACUCGCCCAGAAGCUCUCCAGAGUCGCCCCGGACGGCGCCCCCGCAAGAAGUAAGACUUCCUCGGACUACGGCGAUGAUGAUUUCGACGAUGAUACUCUCAUGGAGCUUGACGCUACAAUACUUCCUACGAAAGAGGUCGACCCUCCAAGGGAGGAAGUCCCAAGCGCCAAACCACAGCCAAAAUCCGCAGCUGACGAAUUCGACGACGACGAGUUUGAUGAUUUUGAUGUGGAUUUUUUGGAGGGCGCAGAAAAUCUCAUUACACAAAUAGAAGCACAACAUGCUUCCCAAAGUCAAACCCCAGCGCAGCAGCAAGCCCAGCCCGUUCUUGAUGACGGUGGGGGGGAUGAUGAUGAUGAUGCAUAUGGGGGUGGCUUUGAUGACGAUGAUUUUGAUGAUGCCGACUUUGAUGCAAUGGAGCUAGCCGCCACACAAGGGGCAUCUGCCCACGCCCUGCCAACACAUCCAAGCCAAAAGCCAAAAGCUAUCCAGAGGUAUUUGAUUACAAAUGUGCUGGAGAGCUCCUAUGUCGAUGACCGUGGACGUGAAUCCGAGGAAAAGGUCCUUUGGGUAGAGCAUGAGGGCACCAAGACGACAUACAUGGUCCAUCUCAGGGGUGACUGGGUUGAUACGCAGGCUAACCCCAAAGCCUAUGUUCAUAUCAUUGGUGAUUUUGAGCCUUCUCGCCGAUGCAUCAUCGACAACAACCACAACAUCAUCAUUUUGCACCCAGACCAGCUCAUUUCCUCGACAGUGAUUGCGGAUUCUUUCACGUGCAUGCGACGUGCUGUCCUCCAGGAUCGCGUCAAGGCAACCAGCGAAGCGACGCCUGCUCUGGUCUAUGGUACCAUUCUCCACGAGGUGUUUCAGGCGGCUCUGAUGGCCAACGAAUGGACUAUGGACUAUCUACGGGAUGUCAUCGACAAGACGCUCCAGAAGCACCUGGAGGAUAUCUACGUCAUCAAGGUCAGCAUGGACGAUGCCCGCAAUCAUCUUGUUUCGAAGAUGCCGGAGCUCAGGUCCUGGGCCCAGGCAUUUGUUUCUGCGGCACCCCAGGCGAAUGCCAACGUUCAAGGACGAAACGGCGAAAAGGUUAACAUGUGUGUCAGCAAGCUUUUGGAUGUUGAGGAGCAUGUCUGGUCUCCCAUGUAUGGCCUCAAAGGCAACAUUGAUGCGACAGUGCAGGUCACAAUGCGCGAAGGCAAUGUCUCACAGACGUUGACUGUACCUUUUGAGGUCAAGACCGGAAAGAACGCCACCGCCAACCAUCAGGCUCAAACCGUCUUGUACAAUCUGUUGUUGUCGGAUCGAUACGAUAUUGAAAUCGCCUACGGUAUUCUGUACUAUAUGGAGACGUCGCAGACUCUCCGAAUUCCCGCCAUCAGACAUGAGCUUCGGCAUAUGAUUAUGCAGCGCAACGCGCUGGCCUGUUAUAUCCGCGAAAGAAGUGUUCAGCUACCGCCCAUGAAGAGAAGCAAGAAUGCUUGCGAAAGAUGUUAUGCUCAGACGUCCUGUUUCAUCUACCAUAAGCUUGCCGAUGGUGGAAAUGGCGACACGAGUGGGCUGAACGAGAAAUUCGAGGCUGCCGUUCAACAUCUUUCUCCGAGGCAUCAAGAGUUCUUUUUGAAGUGGGAGGAUCUCUUGACCAAGGAAGAAAAGGAAAGUCAGAAACUCCGCCGCGAGCUUUGGACUAUGGUCAGCACCGAACGCGAGAAGGUCGGUCGAUGUUUUGCUAAUGUCAUCAUCGAGGAGGGCUCGGCGUUUGAGGAUGAGAACCAGGCCAAGAUUAACCGGUUCACGUACACGUUUAUCAAGGAGAGUCCGGCGGCUGGGUUUUCUUUCAUGGACUCGCAGCUUCAGGUUGGAGAGCCGAUUGUUGUGUCUGACGAGCAGGGGCAUUUCGCGCUUGCGUUGGGGUACGUGACGGCUGUGAGGAAGCAAAGGAUUAGCGUGGCGGUUGACAGGAGAUUACAUAAUGCCCGCAUUCGACAGCCUGGGUUCGACGAGGUGGAUAAUCAGGUGUUUGCGAGUAUCAUGGAGGUGGCGCCCGAGGGGGCAGCUCCGGCACAAAGUCAGGGGAAGAUCAAAGAGCCCCCUAUUCGGUACAGACUCGACAAGGACGAGUUCAGCAACGGAAUGGCGACGGUGCGGAAUAAUCUUGUUCAGAUCAUGACGAAUGGUUCUCAGGGCUUUCAGCGGAUACGUCAGCUUGUGGUAGAUUUGAUACCCCCCAGCUUCAAGUCUGCUCCCACUCAGUAUUCCGUUCCGGGCAAGAACAGCUUGAACGUCGACCAAAAGGCAGCCGUGGAGAAGGUGAUGAGUGCCAAGGACUACGCUUUGGUUCUGGGCAUGCCCGGUACGGGCAAAACCACUACCAUCGCGCACAUCAUCCGGGCUCUCAUCGGUCAAGGCAAGACGCUUCUUCUGACGUCGUACACCCACACCGCUGUGGACAAUAUUCUCCUCAAGCUGAAAGACGAUAAAAUCCCCAUCCUGCGUCUGGGAGCGCCAGCCAAGGUUCACCCCGAGGUUCGUGACUUUGUUACUCUCGCCAGUCAACCCAUGUCCUCGUUUGACGAGAUCCGCAGAACCUGGCAUGGCACCCCUGUGGUGGCCACCACCUGUCUAGGCGUCAACCAUCCCGUCUUCAACGAGCGGGUAUUCGACUAUUGUAUUGUGGACGAAGCAUCUCAGAUCACCCUGCCCAUCUGCCUUGGCCCGAUCAGAAUGGCCCGCACUUUUGUUCUCGUCGGUGAUCACAACCAACUCCCGCCUCUGGUCCAAAACAACGAGGCCCGGAUUGGUGGUCUUGAUGUCUCCCUCUUCAAACUCCUCUCCGACGCCCACCCAUCCUCAGUGGUCAAUCUCGAGCAUCAAUACCGCAUGUCAGAAGACAUCAUGACCCUUUCCAACACGCUCAUCUACAAAGGCAGACUCAAAUGCGGGACUGAAUCCCUCCGCAACGCGGAACUUCACGUUCCUCAUAUCGAAACCUUGAAGCAGCGGCAUCAUGACGCGGAGACCUUCUCUCAGAAACCCCCCGCCGGUACCCACUGCUGCCCUGCGCCAAAACCAAACAGCUGCUGGCUACACGAUCUCAUCACACCCUCCACCCGCGUCAAGUUUAUCAACACUGAUCUCCUCCCCGAUAGCCAGGAGCAAGCAAAAGGCAACCGCAUCGUCAACCCCACCGAAGCCAAAAUCAUCACCCAGCUGGUCGAUUCCCUUGUUUUGUGCGGUGUCCCCGCGGAAGAAAUCGGAGUAAUGACUCACUACCGCUCUCAGCUCGCGCUGCUGAAGUACCACCUGAGGGGAAGCACCGGGGGGAGAGAUGUCGAGAUGCACACCGCCGAUCGUUUUCAAGGUCGGGACAAGUCUGUUAUUUUACUUUCUCUCGUCCGCAGCAAUGACUCUGGCUCCAUUGGCGAGUUGUUGAAGGAUUGGAGGAGGAUCAAUGUUGCGUUUACCAGGGCGAAGGUCAAGUUAUUGGUGGUAGGGAGUAAGAAGACGCUUUUGGGGGAGGGGUCAGAGCAACAACAGGGACAAGAAGGGGAGAAGGACAUGAUCAAGCGGUUUGUGGAGUUGAUGGUGCAGAGGCAGUGGGUGUAUGAUUUGGGGAGGGAGCAGUUUGAGGGGCAUUAUUUUUCGUUUGUGGAGGAUUAUUUGAGUCCGGCGAAGGGGAGGACGCCGGUGAGGAGGUCGGCGGUGGUGAAGAAGAUGGUGGAGGAGAGUCCGUUGAAGGGGAGGAAGUUGAUGGAGAGGUUUGUUGCUGGGGGGUUGGGGGUGAAUAGGGUCGGGGAUAGGAAUAAGGAGAAUGUCAGGGGGGGGGUGUCGAAGCAGCCGACGAUGGGGAGGAAGAGGAUUGGGGAGAGGAUGUUGACUAAGGGGGGGCCGGUGGUGAGGGAUAUUUUGAAUGAGUUGAUGGGUUAG